GUUUCUACUCGUUGGGAAAUAUUUCCGAAAUCUAGGUCAACUGAUAAAACCGUGGAUUAUGGACACUUUAAGUCAACUGGAACUCAAAAUAUUAGAGCACUGUUUUGGAAAUAAUGUUUAGAUAGCCGCUGGGCCAUAUUCAAACAAAUAUCUAAUUGUUCAUUUGCUAAAAUUAUUUUUCAAAUUUGUAUUAGCGUACAGCAAAGAAUACUUGACUAAAUAAACAUUUCGUUCAGUGCACAUGGCCAUGGGGACUAAAGCAAAACCAAUCCUCUACUCCUAUUUCCGCAGUUCCUGCUCAUACAGGGUUAGAAUAGCAUUAGCUCUGAAGGGGGUGGAGUAUGAAUACCGUGCAGUGAACCUCGUCAAAGAUGGUGGCCAACAACAUUUUGACGAAUACAAACAGCUCAACCCAAUGGAAAUGGUGCCAUCUUUUGUGGUAGAUGGUCAAGCAUUGACCCAGUCGGUGCCCAUCAUGGAGUACAUAGAGGAGGUUUACCCCCAGAAGCCAAGUUUACUACCCAAAGAUCCCUUAGUAAGAGCUCAGGUUAGGGCAGUUUCUGAGAUUAUAAAUAGUGGUAUACAACCAAUACAGAAUCUGCCAGUGCUGCAGUAUGUGGGGGAUGAAAAGAAGAUGGAAUGGGGACGUUACUGGAUUGAUAAAGGUUUCAAAGGGCUGGAGAAGCAGUUACAGCAGACUGCUGGUGAAUUUUGUGUGGGAGACGAGGUGUCUAUGGCAGAUGCAUGUCUAGUUCCACAGGUCUUUAAUGCUAACAGGUUCAAGGUGGAUAUGAGCCAAUUCCCGACCAUUAACAAGAUUCACCAGAAUUGUUUGAACCUAGAGGCAUUCAAGGCAGCUGGCCCCACCAUGCAGCCAGACUGCCCAGACGAUCUCAAAUAAUGUAGACAUAAAUGUUGGUACAUAAGCCCAAAUGAUGAGCAGGCCUCGCUUAAAAUCUUACGAGUCAAUUUGUGUUAGGACAGGUUAAAUAUGUUCUCAUAAGAGGUGGUAGGGGUGAAUUUACUUAAGAAAAAUUGGCUGCUAUUUAAUUUGAUUUGACAUUCGACUUGAUUUGACAAAGAUUUAUACCCAAUCUUCUAAAGAAUUGGUAAUACACCAAAUUAAAGUGGAUGCCAGUUUAAAGCAAAUUUCAGUAAACAAUAUGUACUACAAUAUGAUAUCAACUAACUGACUAAGUGAUAAGGAAAUAAGGUAAUGAUAGCAUUCAACUCCACAGGAAGGCAUAUGUAUCAAUUAUAGUGUAGGGCUUAACCAGACUUGACCAAACGAUCAUAUGGCAGCUAUAGUGAUAUUUGGUUUCUCGUGAUAUACAUGUACUGGACUAUACCAUGCAUAUACAGAUAUUUUCAUGUUUUUAGUUUCUAUCUAAUGUACAAUUGUUAGGACUUGAUACAGUAAGAUAUACAAUCUUGUAGAUUAGGGAAAUAUAUACUUGGAUUAUAUCAAAGUAUAAUGAAAGAA